GCGAUGGCGUUGGAGACAGUUCCCAAGGAUUCGCGACAUCUGCGAGCUUGUCUUCUCUGUUCUCUGGUCAAGACUAUAGACCAAUUUGAGUACGAUGGCUGUGAUAAUUGCAACUCAUACCUACAGAUGAAAGGCAACCGAGAGAUGGUAUAUGACUGUACAAGCUCUUCUUUUGAUGGGAUCAUUGCAAUGAUGAGUCCGGAGGACAGCUGGGUCUCUAAAUGGCAGCGAGUCAGUACCUUCAAGCCUGGAGUUUAUGCAGUGUCUGUCACUGGCCGCCUGCCUCGAGGAAUUGUUCGGGAACUGGAGAGCCGAGGCGUGGUCUAUAAAUCGAGAGACACAUCAAUAAAGAUUUAG